AUGGAUCUUAUGAUCUGCGGGACCUGCGGCGUCCAGUUCGACAGCCACUCAGUCAAAUCAUGCAAGAUAUGUGACGAUCCGCGCCAAUACGUCGCCGAAGACGGCCAAUGGUUCACCACCCUCCGCGAGCUCAUCGACUCGAAAAAGUACACAAACCUCUUCACGAAAGACAAGUUCAACUCCAGCGUCAUCUCGAUCCGCACCGUGCCGCAGGUCGCCAUCGGCCAGCGCGCCUUCCUCCUCCGCUCCCCCGAGGGCAACAUCCUCUGGGACUGCAUCACCUACAUCGACAACGACACGGUGCGCCGCAUCAAGGACCUUGGCGGCCUCUCCGCCAUCGUCAUCUCCCACCCGCACUACUUCUCCACCGCGCUGCACUGGGCCAAGGCCUUCGACUGCAAGGUGUACGUCUCGGCAGAGGACGGCGAGUGGCUCACGCGCCGCGGGAGCGCGCACGUGCUGUGGGAGCCCCGGGCGAUGGAGUUCCUGAGCGGCGAGUUCCUGGUGGUCAAGGUCGGGGGCCACUUCCCGGGGAGCUCGGUGUUGCUGUGGAAGAGCGAGAAGAAGCUGUUUGUGGCGGAUUCGGUGUUGGUCAUUCCGUCUGGUGUUUAUCAUGUGGAUAGACCCGAGGGCACCUCGAGCUUUGCGUUCAUGUGGUCAUAUCCCAAUAUGAUCCCUCUGGGUCCUGACGAUGUUCACGGUAUUUGGAAGGCCGUCUCCGAGCUCGAUUUCGAGGAUGCGCAUAGUGCGUUUGCGGGACGAGACGCCAGGGGUGGUGCUAAGAAACGACUUCUGGAGAGUGCUCAGAUUUGUGUGAAGGCCAUGGGAUACGCGAACCACGCCAUCCACAGCGAAAAGAUCUGA